ACUAAAAGCUAGAGAGAGACAGAGAGAGAGAGUAGACACACCCCGGAACGGAGCUCUGUAAUGUAGUGAGAGAGUAGAGAGAGAGAGAGAGAGAGACAGAGACUGUAAAUUGUAAUCCUCCUCAUCGAAAGAAAGAAUAUGAGCAGAACGAAGCUUGGACUCCUCAUCUUCCUCUUCGCUUUCAACUCAAUCUCUCUCUACCUCUACUUAUCCCCCCACCCCGACCACUCCCCUCACUCUCCCCCAUCGGAAAACCACCAAUCUCUCACCGGGAACGGCCACACUCUCACGGAUAACCCCCACAACUUCUCCCUCUCAAAACCAUGGCCAAUCCUUCCGUCGUACCUCCCAUGGUCUCUCAACCCCAACGUCCCCUUCAGAUCCUGCGAAUCCUACUUCGGCAACGGCUUCACUCGCCGGAUCGAUCUCCUCAAAUCCUCGCUCUCCGAUCACCGGACUGGAGGCUGGUUUCGGUGCUUCUACAGUGAGACGUUGCGGAGCUCGAUUUGUGAAGGCGGGAGGGUUCGGAUGCAUCCGGACAAGAUUAGGAUGUCGAUUGGGGGAGAGAGGUUGGAGGCGGUGAUGGGGAGGGGAGAGGAUGAGGAGUUGCCGGUGUUCGAAUCGGGAGCUUUUGAUGUUGAGGUUGUGGAUCGAUCGAAUCAUGGAAGGAAGCUUGUGGAUGAUGAGUUUCUUAAUCAGUAUCUGCAGUUUGGUGCGGAUUCGCAGCACACGAUGCGUGGUUUGGUCGAUUCGGUCAAGUUAGUUGGUGCUAGUGACUUCCAAUGCUCUGAGUGGGUUGAGGAGCCGACGCUUCUUGUCAUACGCUUUGAGUACGCAAAUCUUUUCCACACAGUUACAGAUUGGUACAGUGCAUAUGUGGCUUCUAGAGUUACUGGCUUGCCUAAUCGACCUAAUGUGGUUUUUGUAGACGGCCAUUGUGUGGCACCCUUGGAGGACACAUGGAGGGCAUUGUUUUCGAGCGUUAGAUAUGCCAAAAACUUCAGCAGUCCAGUCUGUUUUCGCCAUGCUAUCCUCUCACCUUUGGGAUAUGAAACUGCCCUGUUUAAGGGGCUUUCUGAAAAUAUAAAUUGUCAAGGAGCUUCUGCACAUGACUUGUGGCAAAACCCCGAUAUUCAGAAAACUGCACGAUUAUCGGAGUUUGGAGAGGUGAUAAGAGCCGCAUUUGGAUUUCCAGUAAAUAGACAACGAACCUCAAAGCCGGUCUCGGGUCACAACGUACUCUUCGUUAGACGUGAGGAUUAUUUAGCCCAUCCACGACACGGUGGUAAAGUUGAAUCAAGGCUUAGCAAUGAACAAGAGGUUUUUGAUGCUUUAAGGAGCUGGAUGUCGAAUAAGUUGGAAUGCAAAAUAAACCUAGUCAAUGGAUUGUUUGCACACAUGCCCAUGAAAGAGCAAGUACAAGCCAUUCAAGAUGCUUCAGUCAUUAUCGGUGCUCACGGGGCAGGUCUCACUCACAUAGUUUCUGCAACUUCAAAAACGGUGAUUCUAGAGAUCAUUAGUAGUGCGUACAGGCGUCCUCAUUUUGCUUUGAUUGCACGGUGGAAAGGGUUGGAGUAUCAUGCCAUAAAUCUGGCUGGAUCAUAUGCUAAACCUUCAGAGGUUAUCGAUAAGCUCAGCAGCAUAUUGAGAAGUCUUGGAUGCUGAAAGUGCAUAUUGUUUGUAUUGAGUUCUAUUUAACAUCGUCUACACAUUCGGAAUCUGUGAGAGUGGAGCCGAUGGAUUCAUGGUUUCAGUUUUUUGACUUCUUAUGGGCUCUAAGUUUGUUUUGUUCAGCUUUGUUUUCAAAAUUUUCAAUACUAGUUAGGGAGGGAGCACACAGGAGUUCUGAUUUUGCUAGGAGACCAAUUUUUUGGUCAGUUUACACGAACAAAUGUUCUAUUGUACAAUAGAGUACUUCUCAGUAGUUGGUUUUUGAUGUUGGGGUGUUUUUAUGAGGUACUAAUCAGUUGACUUGCUUAUCAUUGUUGCUAAAUCAAAAGAUGAUACUUUUGUUUUUGUUACUA